GCUGGUGCUACCUUGGCUGCUCCUGCAUCUUCCUCUAGCGGCGAUGUCACCGUUACCAUCAAGAACAGCUGCAGCAAAAAUUUGCACAUAUACAAGCUUACCAACGGUGGUGGUGCCAAGGAAUCUCAAGAUGUUUCUGCUGGUUCUUCCUACGAUUUCAAGAUCGACUCCAACUGGGCUGGUCGUUUCUGGGGCUGCCGUGAUGGUGAAUCCAACUGCGACCAAUAUGGCUCUGCUGUUUCUCUUGCCGAAUUCUUGUUCAAGGGCUACGAAGGUAGUGACUUUUACGAUAUCUCAUUUGUCGACGGUUUCAACAUCCCCAUGAGCAUUAAGCCCAAUGGAAAGUCUGGUGAUGGUUACGACUGCGGUGCUCCUACCUGUUCGUCUUUACCUUCGUGCCCUAAGGACCUUCAGGCCGAAAAUGGUGCCUGCAAGAGUGCCUGUGCUGCUUUUGGUACUGAUGAAUACUGCUGCACUGGCGACUACAACGAUCCCAAGAAGUGCAAGGCUAGUAAAUACGCGGAUGUUUUCAAGGCUGGUUGUCCUGAUGCUUACAGCUAUGCGUACGACGAUGCCAAGAGCACUUAUGGUUGUAAGGCCAACGAGUACACUGUUACCUUCUGC